AUGAUUGCUGAUUUUCGUUAUGAAUUGAUCCAAAAGUUGAAACAACAUGCAGAGAAGCUACCACCUCAAGCUCAGUUUAUUCCUGUUCCCUUUCGGCAUGAAAAUGAUAAACAAAGAACGAUUUCGAAUAUUGUCAACCCUCCUCAAAGAAGAGUUCAACAACCGGCUAAUCAAGUGUACAAUAGAUCUGAUUUACAAGCGUGGCCAAAUUUAAAUCCAAUGGUUACUACGACAUCACUCACCCACCCAAAUUUAACAGAAUUUGAAGAAAAAUAUAAAGCUAUUCAACUGAAGCUAGAUCUGAUGGAAAAACGUCACGAAGAAGAACAAAUUGUAGCUGAGAAAUUAAGGGAUAUGGAAAAACAAAAGAUUCAAGAGAAAUAUUGUCUUCAUAGAAAUAAAAUCAAUCAAAUCUGGCUUCAAACAGACGCGUGCCAGGAAGUUCAACAAAAAAUGUUAAAGAAAUGUUUAACAUCUCAGAAAGAAGUUACCAUUGCUAAUAUUAAAGUUAUCACAGCAGUGCGUGACGUCGUUGACGAAUUAAGAACAAAGCAUAAUAUCCCGACGUUUGACAAAAUAGUGGGAUCUUUGAACACUCAAUUGAACUACGCUGAAUCAACUAAACAAAGACUGACACAACAACAAAAUGAAUUUCAUACGGCACUGGCUGAAUUCAACGGCGAAAAAAGAAAAGCUUUACAAGAAAUUCUCCUUAAUAAUGACCAGUGA